AGUCCCGGGACGCGGGAUGCUCGGCGCGCUGCCUCGCGGCCCCCGAGGCUUCCUUCCUGACGCUCUCCUCGUCACCUCGCUCGCCCCGGCCCGGGCUGCUGCGCCCACCCAUCCCGAGAGGUGGUCUGGGAAGAUUGUUGCAUGAAAUCAUCUCUAUCUCCUGAUGCAUACCGGCAGGAACAAGUAUUGGAAGACUGACAGGAGAUGAUAAUUGUUAUUUAUGUUUUCUCUUUAGAGUGCCCUAAACAAGGGAGUCCGGGCCACAGGGAGUUCACCUUUAAUUGUAAUACUCUGGGUAUCUUUUUUAAAGGUCCAAUAGUUUUGAUGUAGCUCCUAGGCAUUAAGAAAUGAAGCAAUCCAGCUAACACACCAAUUGUGCAAGAAAGAGUAUUAAUAAGCCCAUUUGGAAGCAAGGCAGGUCUACACAGCAUAAUGCAAAAUGAAAGUUUGGCAAAAAUUUAGUAAAUUGAUCAGUGUGAAAUGCUAAGCAGAUGUAUCCUCCAGAUUGACUAUUAGUUUUGAUGAAAUUAAGCAAAUAACAGCAAACUCUCCACUUAAGGAUGUGCUGUAAAGAGAAGAGAUGGUGUUUCGCAAAGAUAAUCUUGGUGUUGGACAUACCUGCAAGUUCUUUAACAGGCAAGUUAUAAUGGAAGAAAAGGAGCGUGUAGAAUUACAGAGCUUUUCCCUGGGGAACAUUAGUGUCCUCCUUACUUUCUUUUCAGUAUCAACUAGGAAGUUUGACUUCUUAGAAUGGUUUUAUUUUAUGAUUACUAUUAUAUGAAUCACAUUGAACAGAGCCGUCAUUUUUUUUCAGGUUCUAAUUUCAGGUGUUUUUGGAAAAAAAUCACAAUUUGGUUGUGAGAAAGGACAUGAGGAGACCAAAGACCUGGGAUUUUGCUGAUCAGAAUGAAACAAAUGUUGAAAGACUUUUCAAAUCUAUUGUUGGUGGUGCUCUGUGACUGUGUUCUUGGAGAAACUGAAUACCUCCUCUUGGGAGAGCCAGGCCAUGUAGCGCUAAGCAACAACACUGUGUCUGUGGAUUUCCAUUAUUUCGAUGGUGCUAAUGGGACGCUGAGGAAUGUAUCUGUCCUGUUGUUGGAGGCCAACACCAAUCAGACUGUUACCACUAAGUACCUCCUGACCAACCAGUCCCAGGGGACUCUCGAGUUUGAGUGCUUCUACUUCAAAGAGGCUGGCAACUACUGGUUCACGAUGACUCUGGAAGCGACAGAUAACAGCACUCCAGUCCCCUGGUGGGAGAAAAGUGCCCUUCUGAAGGUGGAAUGGCCUGUCUUUCACGUUGACUUGAAUAGGACAUCCAAGGCAGCAGAAGGCACCUUCCAGGUGGGGCUUUUUACCAAUCAGCCACUGUGCCCAUUCCCUGGGGACAAACCCGACAUCAUGGUGGAUGUGAUCUUCACCAACAGUCUUCCCGAGGCAAGAACAAGUCAGGGACAGCCACUGGAGAUAAGAACCAGCAAGAAGACAGAACUCUCUCAAGGCCAAUGGGUUGAGUUUGGCUGUGCACCCGUGGGGCCUGAAGCCUAUGUCACUGUGGUGCUGAAGCUGCUUGGCCGAGACUCGGUCAUUACCUCCACAGGACCCAUUGACCUGGCCCAGAAAUUUGGAUACAAACUGGUGAUGGUGCCGGAACUCACAUGUGAGUCUGGGGUGGAGGUGAUGGUACUGCCCCCGCCAUGCGUCUUCGUCCAAGGAGUGAUUGCCGUCUUCAAGGAGGCCCCCAGACCCCCCGGGGAAAGGACCAUUCGACUGGCUGAAAACAGCCUGACCUUGGGAGAGAGGAGAACAGUAUUCAACUGCACUUUGUUUGACAUGGGGAGGAAUAAAUACUGUUUUGACUUUGGCGUUUCCAGCAGAAGCCAUUUUUCCACAAAGGAGAAGGAGUGCAUGCUAAUUCAGAGAAAUAUAGAAACUUGGGGACUGUGGCAGCCGUGGAGCCAGUGUAGUGCCACGUGUGGGGAUGGUGUCAGAGAGCGUCGCCGCGUGUGCCUGACUUCCUUCUCCUCCAGACCUGGCUGCCCCGGAAUGUCCUCGGAGACCUCCCCAUGUUCCCUGGAGGACUGUGCUGUUUUCCAGCCAUCCAGUCCGUCUCCUCUUCAGCCCCAGGGCCCAGAGAAGUCCAACAACAUUGUGACGGUCACCGGUAUUUCCCUGUGCUUGUUCAUCAUCGUGGCCACCGUCCUCAUCACGCUGUGGAGGAAGUUCGGCCGCCCCCCCAAGUGCAGCACCCCCGCUCGGCACAACUCCAUCCACUCGCCCAGCUUCCGGAAGAACUCGGACGAGGAGAACAUCUGCGAGCUGAGCGAGCAGCGCGGGAGCUUCUCGGAUGCGGGGGACGGGCCUGCGGGGGGUCCGGGGGACAUGGGCAUCCCUCUGACCUACAGGCGGAGUGUGCCGGCCGCUCCCGAGGACGACGCUUCCGGCAGUGACAGCUUCCAGUCCAACGCCCAGAAGAUAAUCCCGCCGCUGUUCAGCUACCGCCUGGCCCAGCAGCAGUUGAAGGAGAUGAAAAAGAAAGGCCUGACAGAAACCACUAAGGUGUACCACGUGUCUCAGAGUCCCCUGACGGACACUGCCAUCGACGCCGCCGCGCCCCCCUUAGACUUGGAAAGCCCAGAGGAAGCUGCCGCAAACAGGUUCAGGAUCAAAUCCCCAUUUCUGGACCAGCCUGCCAUCAGUGCCGGGGAAAGGCCCCCCUCCAGGCUGGAUUUCACCGUCUCUCAGGCCAGUUGCGCUGUGAGCCCCAGCCAGACCCUGAUCCGCAAGUCCCAGAUGAGGCACGUGGGCAGCAGAGGGGGGCUGUCGGAGCGGAGCCACCCCAGGGGUUCCCAUUUCCGGAGGACGGCUAGUUUCCACGAAACCAAGCAGGCCCGGCCGUUCCGGGAGAGGAGCAUGUCCACGCUGAGCCCGCGGCAGGCCCCGGCCUACAGUUCUAGGACGCGGACCUGGGACCAGGCAGAAGAAAGACUUCGGCCUCAGAGUCGAGGUGCUGCCCUGCUUCCUGAGAAACUGGACCAUUUCCAAGGGGCAGGUGGAACCGGUGGUUCAUUAAGCCCUCUCCCUAAAUCCUACCCCUUGGGGCAGCCCACCAGGAAACCAGACCUGGGGGAUCGCCAGGCGGGAUUGGUGGCAGGAGGUGAGAGAACGGAGCCUCACAGAGCUCGGAGGGGACCGUCCCCCAGUCACAGGAGUGUCUCAAGGAAGCAGCCUUCCCCCACGGCCCCCAAAGAUAGCUACCAGAGGGUCAGUCCUCUGAGCCCGUCUCAAUGUCGGAAAGACAAGUGUCAGAGCUUCCCGGCCCACGCCGAGUUUGCCUUCUACGACAAUACAUCUUUCGGCCUCACUGAAGCAGAGCAGAGGAUGCUGGACCUCCCGGGGUAUUUUGGGUCAAAUGAAGAGGAUGAUACCACAAGUACUCUUAGCGUGGAGAAGCUGGUCAUCUAGACCAAGAACCAGCCUGAGACUUCACACAACUGGGGUCCUGUGCUCAGGUUGUGAUAUCAGCUGCUCACAUUGUUCUGUAGACUGUUUUGUAUAACUAUUUGUUCAGUAGGACAGAAUGGUGGGGGGAUAACUCACGCAGACCAGCAUGUGUGUGUGCCCAGGUCUUUUAACUCAUAAGGAAGAAGUUAUUUAUCCUGACUUUCCCUUUGUUAUCCUAUUUCUGUUGGUUUAUUACUAAUAACAAUGAUAAUAAAAUUUAAAC